AUGCCUACAAAUAACAUCGCCUUCACUGCGCCUAUCAAUCCCCCGGGCGAAAGCGUAAAGCUCAAGCACGACCAAAUUUGGGCCGGCCUGCGCAUGAAGAUCCGAUCUGCAGAAACCUUCGUUCCGAAUGCCAUUGAAUCCACCACGGUGAUCGACGAAUCCAUUGACCCCACCUCGGGCAACGAAGUGACUGUGCGAGAGGUCGUCUUUGUCGAAUCACAACGCAAGGCUCGAGAGACUGUUGAGGCAUUCGCACCUUCCAGGGUCAUAUUCAAGCAGCAAGAUGGCAGUACCAUUUCGAAUGUUGUCAGUGAGAAUGCUCAUGGGGAGCUUUUUAUGACUUAUUUCUUUGAAUGGAGACACCCUGAUGUUUCCGAGGAGGAGCUUCCGGCUUUGUUGAAGAAGGAAAAGAAGAUGAGUAGAUUGGCUGUUGAAGGAACAAUUGCGGUUUUGAGGCGGCUUGUUGAUACUGGGAAACUUUGA